UAGAGUAUCCUCAUGCUCUAACUCAUGGAUGCAUCAGUUGGAAUCACAUCGUCUUCAACGAAAUCGAUACCCAAGCACCCUAUCUUCGCCUUCUUGAGUAACUUCUCCGCAACUUUCCUUCUCGACUCCGCCGCUACCAGCUCCAACUUGGCCAUUUCAAGCUCAUGUUCAGCUCUUCUCCGUCCACGCGAAAAGGUGACAUUCUCAAGGACACGGUUGCCGCGUAGAUUAUGAAGGUGUUUGAUCUACAAGCAAGGAUCAGUUUCUCUUGGCUCGAUAUAAGCGGGGACGAAACGAUUACCUGUUGCUCAUAAUUGGGCUCCGAGUACGGCUUGAAAUAAACCGGGAUGACAGGUAGUAACUGGUUUGGGGACGAAGGUGCUUGGUUCCAUGCCACUGGAGUCGCCGGUGUGCUCCCUCCAGCGAAACCGUCUCGCGUUGAUUGCGAAUAUCCGUAGCCGCGACCGCGAGGCGCACCUGCCCGACCUCGUCCACGACCUCGCCCGCGCGACGAGUCGCGAUCAAAGUUGCGCGGUCCUAAAGGAAGUUGCUCGCGUUCGUAACCGCGAGGCUGACGAGGCGGCGAGUCGGCGCGUACUGUUUGCUGGGGAGGAGAGGCUUGGGGUACAGGCGAUGACCGGUGAGGCGGAGGGGAAUCUGGACGUCGCACAGGUGAUACUGCGCGAGGUGCAGGUGACGGUAUAUGAUGAGAAGGUGAACGUGACCGUCGUUGAGGUGAAGCUGGGCGACGCCGAGGUGAUGAAACACGAUGUUGUGGUGAAGAGUUGCGGCGUUGUGGUGAUGGAAUGCGACGCUGAGGUGAAUGAGCACGCCGCGGAGGUGAAGGAUCCCAGCGCUGGGGUGACGGAGCCCGCCGUGGAGAAGGAGGCCAACGCUGAGGUGAGUAACGGCGCUGAGGCGAAGGAGGCCAACGUUGAGGAGAACGACGAGGCGGCGACGACCUCCGACUGGGAGAGUGAAGCCGCCACGAAGGUGAAGGCCGACGCGAAGGCCGAGGAUAGGGUGAAUAAGGUCUUCGGAUUGGAGAAGGCGGUCUGCGUGGUAGACUUGGUGGUGGUGAUCGUCGGCGCGGUGGUGAAUAACGAUGCAGGGGCGGCGGCGGUGAUCUGGAUCUUCUGUAACGAGAGGAAGGUCCAGAAUGUGGUGACCGUCGUGGCGGCAGUGGCGAACGUGAAGACCGUCGAUACGGCGGCGGUGAACGUGAAGGUUUUCGUGGAGGGGAAGUCAUAUGAGGCGGCGGCGACCGUUCCUUCUCCCUCGGAGGGGACUUUUCUCUUUCACCCUCUUCCAUCUCUUGUGAAUUCAUCGACGUCCAUCUUGGCCCCAUUUUCUCUUUUGACCGCGUCUUUUUCUGAAUUGAGUGUCGGUGCAACAUCGGAGACCGUCGAGGCGGUGGUAGAUCUCCCAGAUGAUUUUCAAAGCGACGUGGUGUAUCAUAUCUUGAGUUGUACCGUCGUGGGGAUGCACCAUAUCGGCUGCGAGGUGGUGAUUCACGUUCGUACCUUCCACGAGAAGGUCCAGGAGAGUAGCGGGAAGGUCCUGGAGAAUAAUGACUCUGGGGAGGCGACGAAAAACGCGAACUACGCGGGGGAGAGUCGAAGCGCCGCCUAG